CUCCUCAGUCCUCACUCUUUUCUUCACCAAUCCCCACCUUCAUCAACUCAGCCUCAUUGCUCCGGCAUUCACUCUCUUCCACUUGCCACUUUUGGCUCUCUCUUAUCAUUUCAACUCUUGGUGAUCACAACGAAGCUUUCAUCUGUUUUGGCUUCUGGGGUGUGUUUUUUGCUUCUAUUAAUAGUGUUUUUUUUUUCUGAUCCGGGAAUUGCUGAGUUUUGCCUCCGAUCUGGGACUUUAUGUCACUCUUGUGAAAAGUGCUUCCUUCUCUUUCACAUAAAGCCAGAGUUAGUGGAAACCAUUUUUCCAAGAUUCCUCUGUUUUGCAUUUGAGAGUAAUAAGAUCUCUCUAAAGUAGUUUGCUUGUUCACAAAUGGAUUCUUGCUGUGCGACUCUGAAGGCUAAUGCCCUUCCGGUUAAAGUCGGAGGAGGUCUUAGGAACCAAAGUAAUGGCUUUUGGGGUGAGAGAAUCAAAAGCAGAGAUUCGAAUACCCAAUUGUUCAAAAGUGUGAAAUCUGAAAGGAAGAUCAAGUCUGGUGUGGUACACUCUAUUCUUACUUCUCCUGAAUUAAACCAAGACAAUGUGACUUUUCAGGCACCAUUAUUUGAGACUCAAAAAGCUGACCCCAAAAAUGUUGCUUCUAUCAUUUUGGGUGGAGGUGCUGGAACUCGACUAUUUCCACUCACCAGCAGAAGAGCCAAGCCAGCGGUUCCAAUCGGAGGGUGUUACAGACUUAUUGAUAUCCCAAUGAGUAAUUGCAUUAAUAGUGGCAUCAAAAAGAUAUUUAUACUAACACAAUUCAACUCUUUCUCACUCAAUCGUCACCUUGCUCGUACUUACAAUUUUGGAGAUGGUAUGAAUUUUGGAGAUGGGUUUGUGGAGGUUUUGGCUGCCACACAAACACCUGGAGAAGCUGGGAAAAAAUGGUUCCAAGGAACAGCUGAUGCUGUAAGACAAUUUAUAUGGGUAUUUGAGGAUGCUAAGAACAAAAAUGUUGAGCAUAUAGUGAUAUUAUCUGGCGAUCACCUCUAUCGGAUGAACUAUCUAGAUUUUGUGCAGAGACAUAUUGACACAAAUGCCGACAUUACAGUUUCAUGCAUACCCAUGGAUGAGACCCGUGCAUCAGAUUACGGGCUAAUGAAAAUUGACCAGUCCGGUCGUAUAGUUCAAUUUGCUGAGAAACCUAAAGGCAUCGAUCUAGAAGCAAUGCAAGUUGAUACCAGAGUACUAGGGCUUUCUGAGCUAGAUGCUAUGAAAAAUCCUUAUAUCGCAUCAAUGGGUGUUUAUGUGUUUAGAACUGAUGUCCUUCUAAGACUAUUAAGAUUUAGCUACCCUUCUUCCAAUGAUUUUGGCUCUGAGGUUAUUCCAGCAGCUGUGAGGGACCACAAUGUCCAGGCAUAUUUGUUCAAUGACUACUGGGAGGAUAUUGGAACUAUAAAAUCGUUUUUUGAUGCCAACUUGGCCCUCACAGAGCAGCCUCCAAAGUUUGAGUUCAAUGAUCCAAAGACACCUUUCUACACCUCUCCUAGGUUCUUGCCACCUACUAAAGUUGAAAAAUGCAGGAUUAUGGAUGCAAUAAUAUCGCAUGGUUGCUUCUUACGAGAAUGCAGUGUUCAACACUCCAUAGUUGGUGUGCGCUCACGAUUGGAGUACGGUGCAGAACUGAAGGAUACUAUGAUGAUGGGUGCAGACUACUACCAAACCGAAGAGGAAAUUGCAUCUCUACUAGCUAAUGGAAAGGUUCCAGUUGGUGUGGGAGAAAAUACCAAAAUCUGGAAUUGCAUAAUCGACAAGAAUGCCAAGAUAGGAAGAAACGUGGUCAUCACAAAUGGUGAUGGAGUUGAAGAAGCAGAGAGACCGGAGGAUGGGUUUUACAUUAGGUCUGGAAUCACAGUCGUACUGAAGAACGCUACCAUUAAAGAUGGAACUAUCAUAUAAACUACAAAGUUUAGUACUGGAUACAUCUUCAUAGAGAGCCACAUUUUCAGUACUUGGUCGAACUUGGUUUGUGGCUUAAACAUGCAGCUGGAAUACUUAA